UUGAUUGAUGAUGAUAAUGAAGAAAUACAAGUAGAUAAUCAAGAUGAGCAAAAUUCAGACGAUAAUAACAUUAAUUCUAACAAGAAUGAAAUGAGUGAUAAAGAACUUGAAAGAUUGAUUUGUGAGAUUUCAGAAAAAUUUUCCGAUUCUAAACUUGAUUCUAAAUCACACGAUUUUGUUGAAUCAACAUCUUCUAUCAUUUCACCAAAUCAAAAGUUUUUAACUAUAGAUACUCGCCUAUUGGAUGCAGAUGGUGAAAUGAAAAGAAUGUUUUCUUCUAGUAUUGUGGAUGGCGAGAUUCGUAGUCGUAAUUAUGCAAGAGCAGUCAAAAAAACAUAUCUUGCCAAGCCGAGACAAACUUGGCCUCCAAUUGUUAAAGCUGGUCUGGGAAUGGAAUUAUUAAAAGACAAGGAAGAGGAGAAGGAGAAUAAAGAGAAGAAUGAUGGGAUCUGUUAUUUUAAAUUUACGCAUUCUAAUCAAUAUCAAUCAGUACAAUCAUUGUUUUUACAAUGUGUGGCAACUCAUGAUCCGAAUACAAUAUACGCAGUACUUAGAGAUAAUCCCUAUCAUAUUGAUUCAUUGUUACAGAUGAGUGAAAUAUAUAAAAUGUCAGGAGAUCACACUAUGGCAGCAGAAUUUAUAGAAAGAGCUUUAUAUGCUUUUGAAAAAAGUUUUCAUAUUAAAUUCAAUAUUUCAAAAGGAAAAGUUCGCUUAUUCUAUGAUCAAUAUGAAAAUAGACGCGGAUGUUGGCAAACAGCUUUUGAGUUUAGCAAAUUGUUACUUGCGCUAGAUCCAAUAAAUGAUCCAAUAUGCACAUUACAUUAUAUAGAUUUUUUGGGAUUAAAAGCUCGGCAAUACUCAUAUGUUUUAUCGAUAACCGAUGAAUGGAACAAUCACAAAUAUUUUAUUGCUUCAAAGUUGCAUAAGAUUAGUAGUGCAAUGUUGGAGAAGGCAAUCCUAAAGUUUCCAAGUGUAGUAUUACCAUUAGCAGAAAAGUGUGAAAUUAAUCUCGAUAGUGAUUUGACUGAUAGCCCGUAUCUUCAUGAAAUUCCUACAUCAAAUUGCUUGAAUCUAUUGAUAGAAAUGUAUGUUGAUCAAGUUCAUCCUUUAUGGACUCAACCUGAAGUAAUUAGUUGGUUUCAAACAGCUGUAACGAAUGUUGUUGUGAAACUUCAAAUACCAACAUAUAAAGGAUGUUUGAGUGAUAAAGAAUUCAGUGAUACAUUUAUUUAUGGUGAUAAUGUUAGACAAAAUCAUUUCACUAAUUCAAUACCACUUGAUCUUUGUAGAUACCUCGUAAUUUCAGAAAAUUCCAAAUUUUUCAAGUAUAUUCCUGAUGUUAUAAGUAGUGAAGUUCAAAGUCAUGAUCCAUUACCACCACCAAACAGCACAAGUUCAUAUAACAACAUCAAUAAUUCACAAAAUUCAUCGUCGGAUUCAUCGUCGUCAUCCACUGGAACUACCGUUGAUUUGCUUCAAUAUUUGGACAUCGCUCCGAAUAGAGGAGAUUUACGUACACUUGCUGAUCGUAUAAAUCAAAUUGCAGAAGCAACAAAUUUACAAGCUGUAGCAGGAAGAUUGAUGGAAAUGAUUCUUGGAAGUAACCACAAUAAUAAUGGAGAUUAUGGAGAUGAUGAAGGAGGAAAUGGUGAUAAUAAUAACGUUAAUAAUGAACAGCAACAACAGCAGGAAGAUGAUUCAGUAGAGUAUCAACAAAUGCCUGGCGUGUUCCCUCAGAAUGACGAUAAUCAGGAUGAAGAUAGUGAUUCAAUAUAG